AUGGUGCAGUACACUCCUGUGAUGCUGGACCCCAGCACUGCACGUGCCUGGCUCUCUCUCUGUGAUGAUCUGACCACUGUGAGAUACACAGGUACAUACCAGAAAUGUCCUGACAACCCAGAGAGGUUUAACCCCUGUGUGUGUGUGCUGGGAUCUGAGGGGUUAACCUCAGGGAAACACAGCUGGGAGGUGGAGGUUGGGAACAAACAUGCCUGGGAUAUAGGAGUGGUGAAAGAGUCCAUCAACAGGAAGGGAGAUAUAACAUGCAGCCCAGAGAGAGGAUUCUGGGUGUUAAUGCUGAGGAAUGGUGAUGAUUACAGAGCAGGUGGAGUUACUGACCUCACACUGAAGAGGAAACCCCAGAGCAUCAGAGUGGAGCUUGACUAUGACAGGGGGAAGGUGUCCUUCUUCGACUCCAGUGACAUGUCACUCAUCUAUACUUUCACAGACACAUUUACUGAGAGAGUGUUCCCAUACUUCUUUCCCAGUUUAAAAGAAAAUGGUAAGAAUGAGGGACCCCUGCAAAUAUGCCCAGUGAAAGUUUCCAUAACGGUGACAUCAUCCCGGUGA